UUUCUUUCAGCGCCUGCGCGCCGUCACGUUACGGCGGAACUAAUCCAGCGACGCCUGCGCUUUGACGAAUUUGGUGCCGCGGAAGGGAAAAAGGGGGACAGCAGCGUGCGUCACACCCGGAAGCGGAGAGCCGGAAGUGGGGUUGGCCAGGUUAUCCCCAGGGGUGGAGAAACGGAGGCCCAGGAGGAGGGGGGAAAAAAGAAGGUGGAGGAUUCUGGCUACCACUCUGAAUCCGAUACCGCUUCUCUUAGACCUCAGAGACAGAAAAAGGGAAGGGUGUCUCAUCCCAUCCUCUUUCCUCCUCUCCUCCCUCUCCUGAGCCUUAGCCAUGGCCGAGGCAGGGGCUGGGCUGAGCGAGACCGUCACUGAGACAACGGUUACCGUGACAACCGAGCCCGAGAACCGGAGCCUUACCAUCAAACUUCGGAAACGGAAGCCAGAGAAAAAGGUGGAAUGGACAAGUGACACCGUGGACAAUGAACACAUGGGCCGCCGCUCAUCAAAAUGCUGCUGUAUUUAUGAGAAACCUCGGGCGUUUGGUGAGAGCUCCACGGAAAGUGAUGAGGAGGAAGAAGAGGGCUGUGGUCAUACACACUGUGUACGUGGUCAUCGCAAAGGACGGCGUCGUGCAACCCUAGGACCGACCCCCACCACCCCUCCCCAGCCUCCUGACCCUUCCCAGCCCCCACCAGGGCCAAUGCAGCACUAAAUUCCUCUCUCCUCCACCAUUCCUGUGUCUGUCUGGCCCUGAAUGUAUUCAUGUGGCUACUUCUCCAGCCCCCUCCUUCCCUCUCUUCUGCCUGAUAGAGGAAAGAGGAAGAGGAGGGUGAACAGAGAUCCUGGAAUUAUGACUUGCUGCUAUUCCAACCCAGCCUCCUGGGUUCCCCCAGUCCUCAUUUUUCCUCCCAAUACCCACCCUUCUCUCUCAAGGGAUCUAGUCAGCUUGGUCCCAGUCUCUUCCUUUUGUUCUCACUGCCAAACUGCCUGUCCUGGGAUCUAGUUAUCUUGGCCCUGCACGCUACAUGAGUAGCAAACACUUAAAUUGGGUUUUCAACAGUCCCAGCUUUCACUGCCAGGGUCCCAGUCAGAUUCCAGGAAUUUACACCCUAGCUUUGCUUGCUAAUCCUGGUUUAGAGCUAUCCUACUAAAAUCUUUAAUCCUAAAUCUUAGUCCUUGACUGUGAGAUAUGAGGUCUUACAGGAGACCUCAGGGCUCCCAGCCCUUCUUCUCCUGCUAACCCUCCUCACGCCCUGAAGAGGAGUUGGAAGAGAGGUCCUUGUCAUUCUCACCUCUUAUGGAAAAUAGAACAGGAAAUAAUCAUAUCCUUUCUUCCCACCCUUCUCCUGUGAUUUAGGAUUUCUGACAAAGAUGGCUGAGAUUGGUCA